AUGACCCCACAACGGCGACAACCACCAAGCGACAAAUGGCGACAACCACCGCCAGUGACGUGGCAACCAAACGGACAACAACAACAACACCACUGCUAUGCACGAGCACCCACCACCAUCCACGAGUGCCCACCACGACGACCACGUGAACGCCGCAACGCCACGUCACAAAUCAAACAAGCCCCCCAUGGCACGAUGGCAACGACGCCCACGACAACAACGACGUCCACGGCUACGACAACGACCACGCGACAACGACCACGCGACAACGACAACGUGACAACGACCACGCCACGACGACAAUGCGACGACGUCCAUGCAACGACGUCCAUGACUACGACGACGGCACGCGACAACGUCCACGCAACGACGACAACGCGACAACAACCACACGACAACGACAACGCAACAACGACCAUGCGACGACACAGGAUGACAACGUCGAUGGACGACGAGGCCCAGCACUACCCCCUUCCCCUUUAUUAUCACACCCCCACACCACUCCCUGUCCCUUCCCUUCCUUCCUUCCUUCCUCCCUCCCUCCCUCCCUCCCUCCCUUCCUUCCUUCCUUCCUCCCUCCCUCCCUCCCUCCCUUCCUUCCUUCCUCCCUUCCUCCCUCCUUCCCUUUCUUCCUCCCUCCCUUCCUUCCCUCCUCCCUCCCUUCCUUCCUUCCUCUCCCCCUCCCCCCUUCUCUUCCUGCCACUUCAUUUAACUUAG